UCAAGUACGUAGAAGCCCAACCUCCGUAGCUGCCCAAGCGUGCUGCACAAUUCUAGAGUGCUCCCGACCGGUCUUCUUGUGGGCGGAGUAAAUUCUUAGAUAUCUUCUGCACUGUUUCAGUAGGUGCGGUCUGCAGAGCGGAGGUUCUGCCUGGCUACGAAGUGAAUUGGGCGGAAGGGCGGCCGGGAAGUGCCUGACGGACGUGGUCAGGAGGUUGACGCGCUCGCGGCCGCAGAACCGAAUGACUGUCGCGCGCACCUCUCCUCGAGGAAGCGCUUUUUGCCACUCGCGUGGACACCUCGGUGAGGGGCACAGGCGCACUUAACACGUCGCCUUUUUGAUGAGUCUUAACGAGCACUCGCUGCAGGCUCUGUCCUGGAGAAAGCUCUAUUUGAGCCGAGCAAAACUUAAAGCUUCAAGCAGGACUUCGGCGCUUCUCUCCGGUUUUGCGAUGGUGGCUAUGGUGGAAGUCCAGCUUGAAGCAAAUCAUAACUAUCCUCCUGGGCUGCUGAUUGCUUUCAGUGCUUGCACUACGGUGCUGGUGGCCGUUCACCUCUUUGCCCUUAUGAUCAGCACCUGCAUCCUUCCAAACAUAGAAGCUGUUAGCAAUGUGCACAAUCUGAACUCCGUCAAGGAGUCUCCUCAUGAGCGUAUGCACCGGCACAUUGAACUUGCAUGGGCUUUCUCCACUGUCAUUGGGACCUUGUUGUUUCUGGCAGAAGUUGUUCUUCUCUGCUGGGUUAAAUUCCUUCCAGUGAAGAGUGCAGCAGAAAGCCAGCAAUCUUCCAACACGACCAAUGGAAUCACCCCAGGGGUAGCAGCAGCAAUUGCCUCUACCAUCAUCAUGGUGCCCUGUGGACUGAUUUUUAUCGUGUUUGCUGUGCAUUUUUACAGGUCCCUUGUGAGUCAUAAAACUGAUAGACAGUUCAAAGAACUGGAGGAGCUUUCCAUGUUUGCAAGGAAUCAGCUUGAUGACAGAGGCGAAACCCCGAUGCAGCAAGCUGCUCAGUAUCCUUGAAUUCGUGGUUCGUUGGGUGUGACGACUUGAAGACUUUUUUGGCUUUUAUUGAACACUGUGCAUACAAAUUUACUUCCUGGUGCAUGGACAUGCUGUCGAGGUUAAACUUAAAUGACUGAUUUGAGAGAAGAUUUUUAAUCCAUUUACUGAAUGCUUUUUCUGCUGCUUUUUUCCCUUCUGGAGCUUUGUAUCUCUUGCUUUUUUUUUUUCUUUUUUUUUAAACUGCAUUUGAUUAUGGUGGUCAGUUUGGUUCAGAAAACAAUGUGAUUGUAGGCUAGCUUUAAUAAUGCAUGCAACUUCUGAGAUGCUGGGAGUGUUUCAGAUUGCCAAAUUACAUGUAAGCCUUUACUUCUGUACAUUUUGUACAGCAUAUCGGACACUUUCUCUCCAUGUCACCCCUAAUAAUUUUAAGACUCUGGCAGAAACAUUUAUGUAUAUGUUUAUGUGCUUAGGCUGAUCUUGCAAAGUAUUUUUGUUGCCAUACACUGUAUGUAAGAUAUGUGCUGCCCUGAAGUGGAUGAAGCGUGUAUAGUAAGACUCUGGAAGACUCCUUUACGUACGGCAGCGUGUGUAAGUCUUUUAGACUGUAUGACACUGGACCCACAUUCUCUGUGACUCAACCUCAUUUUAAAGACUUCUAUUUUGUUACAGAUUAUAUUAUAGAUGUAUAUGUUUUUGUUUUCUUUUUUUUUAAUAAUGGUAAAAAUCCAAACAAACACUGUAAUUAAAUUAUGAGUCAUCAUUUUUGCCAAAAACUAAAUUUCUUAACAAUAAAUCCAUAUUCAAAUGGA